AUGAUGAUCUUCACUUUAUAUUUUCUUUUGCUAAUUGAAUUUAUUAAUGGCCAACAAAGAAAUUAUAAUCGAUUUAUGCCUGAUUUACCACCGUCGACGACAGCAACACCUUCUUCAUUAAUACCAAAGUUAACUCGACGUUCUCAUCCAUUAGCAUCACGUUCAUUCUCAAAAAUUAACCUUUCAGGUGGGCCAUUCAAUGUGAAAUUCUAUCAUAAUACGAAUUAUAAUGAUAAUUACACCUCUGUCGAAGUCGAAGCAGAAGAAUCUGUACAUAAACUACUUUCAGUUGAUAUCAUUCAAAAUGAUAUUCUUACUGUUCGUUUACCAGAGAAUUCAAAUUUAAAUAAUCAAACGAAUACCACUUUAGUGAUUAUCUAUCAACAACUAACUGAACUGUCAAUUGAUGGAUUAGUUAAUGUUCAAUGUAUUAAUCAAAUUCAAACACAUAUUUUUCGUUUUCACAAUCGCGGUACUGGUUCGAUUAAAUUGAAACUGAAUGUUAAUAUUCUCGAUGCAUAUCUCC